AAGUGCUGCGACUGCAGUUCGUGUCUCUCUUCAAGACCAUAAUUCUAGUUAACAGAGUUUGACGCAAAAAGUCAGAGGGAAGCCGUGGAUGACAAAGAGGUGAUGAGAGGAGUGAAGAUCUCCAAUUCACUGGGACAGCAUAUAAUAGCCGGGGAAGAGUAAAGAGCACACAGGCAGAUCCAGGAUACUCGCUCAGAAGAUGAGCGUUGUUCCCAUGAGGAGAGUCCUGAAUGACAACGUGGGCUCCGGCGAGGAUGUGAAUACGAGCUCUGGGACGGAGAAGGUGAUCAGCAAGGAGCCUUUCUGCUCCCUGCUCCCUCGACUGCAUUCAUCUUCUCAGUCUACAGGUGAUAUCCAGUCUUAAAACUUGCACUACUUAUCUCAUAUUGUAUUUACCAAACUGCAAGUUGCAAGAGAAAACGACAAUUUUUGCAGAACUUUCAUCUUGUGAAAAAUUAAGCAUACAGUAUUUUUGCUUUCAUGGUAAUUUAGAGGGUAAGUAGCAGGAAAAUGCUGCUAAUUAAAUACUCAAUUAACUGACUGGUCAUCAGUGAGUGACAGCGCCUAUAUAAAAACAGAGGUUUUGGCAGUUUGCAGGUCAGUAUUAACACUUGCCAAGGAGAAAAAACAUUUGCAAUGAUUUUAAAGAAGCAACUGUUCCUGCCAUCAGUCUGGGAAACCCAACAUUGUACAGUGAGAUUAUUCACAAGUGGAAAACAUUCAAGACAGUCACCAGUCUUCCCAGGACUGGACAUCCCAGCAAAUUCACCCAAGGUCAGACCGGGCAAAGCACAGAGAAGCUCCAAAAGACCCCCAAAGCAACAUCUCAGGCUCUAAAGGCCACAGUUAGCAUGUUAAACAUCAGUGUUGAUAACAGUACAAUAAGAAAACGCCUGAACAAGUAAGGCUUGUUUUGAAGAGUUGCAAGGAGAAAGCCUCUUCUCCCUGAAAAAGAACACGAAAGCAGAUGCAACUUUGUAAAGUUACAUUUUUACAUGUUUGAAUACAGAGCAAAGGAAAUCUUUAAUGUUAUUAUUAAUACCCGCUUUUAAAAAACAGCUGCCAACAGAAACUAACAAUAUCUAACAAACCCGACACUUUUCUCUCUAUUCAGAUAAUCAGCACCGUUCUUGUAUCGUCUCUCCAACUUCCUCCCUCCACCUCUCUCGUGCCGCCUUUGUUUUUCCUCAGCCUAUCAUCUAUCUGAUCAGGUUUACCUACAGGCUGCAGAUAUUUUCCAGCAGCUGUGUAGAGACAAGCCAGCCAGCCAACAUCAGCGUCUACAUUAUGGAAAAAAGACGGAAACAUCGCUGCUCAAGAGCGGGGACAAAACCAUGGAGAAGCAUGUGUUCCAGCUCGCCUUUAACACACUUAAAUAUCAAGAUUUACUCGAGGACAUCAUCUCCGACAGCUGCUUCCAUACUUCGCAGCAUAUUUCUGACGACUUGCUGCCUUUGGCGAUGGUGAUGCUGUUCGACUUUCAGGACAAAAAGUUUUCUCCGUGUGAACGUCCAACGAUAGAAGGGCAAGAACCCAUCCAGGAAGUCAGGAACCUGGAGAAAAGUCUGCACAGGUGUAAGACCAAGCUGGCUGCCUCUCUAGCUCGCUGCAGAGUGAAGCAGAAUCUGCAGAGUGUUUCCUGCUUCCUGUCCGACAGCGUCAGGACCAAACAGCACCGAGCAAGAGGUCUGCCACUGUGCGCAUGGAUCGACACUCUCAAGAUCAGUCUUGACGAGAUGUGUGAAGCGUUACAAAGCGCCGGUUUGUGUCAAGCGGAGAACGAGACUGAACUCGUGGAGUUCACGUUCUGCAGGGACCCCCUCUGUCCCGACACACUCAUCUUCUCGCAGCAUCUUCAAGCUUGGCUCCAGCACAGCAGCCUCACCGCCACACGUGUGCUGAACAUACAGGACAGGAGCGUGUGCGUGGCAACAAGUGUGUUACGCCCCCUGCUGUUUGAUAAAAACGACGUCCUGCUAGCGGGGGCCUUCUCGGCCAUGACCGUGGCACACGUGGCUGUUGUGGCUGCUGCCCGCUCGGUCCGAGUGCUGGUGUGUGGCGCUGAUCACAACCCCUCACACAAAGAGGAGAUCCAGGAACUGCUCACACAGAUGGACUUAAAAAACGUUCGUGUCCUGUCACAAGCGUUUUACGGUCUGGAUGACGGAGAUGCCACCGUCCAGCGAGUAAAGGUGAUCAUGGUGCUGCCUCAGUGCUCGUCUUCUGCCCUCAAUGACCCGGUGCCCGCUAUCCACAGUGAACAUGGAGACUGGGGUCUGCUGCCAGAUUUGUCCCAUGGUUCUGUUUCCAAGAGAAAAAUAAACUCUCUGACCGCCCAGCAGGCGAAACUGCUGGCACACGCUCUCACCUUCCCAAAGGUUCAGACUGUGGUCUACUGCACACGCUCAGUGUAUCCCGAGGAAAACGAACAGCUGGUGAAGAGAGUGUUAGAGAAAACACACACUCACCCCAAACUGCUGCCCUACAGGGUGAAUGGUCCAAUUUUCCCGGACGACUCCUCGUCAGGAGGCGAAACGGACUCACACAAGUUUUUCAGGCUCGAACCAUCGAAGGUCACCAACGGCUGCUUCGUCGCCAGACUGUCCCGACAGGCAGAUCCUACUAAGGUGGAAACAGUCCAAGAUGUGCUGGCAAGGGCGGCGGCAAAGGGCCUCCUGGGCGGAAUGAUUCCCGAACAAUCAAAAGCUGCUAAAAAGGGGAAAAGCAAGAAGAAUCGAGCAGCAUCAGCCAGCAGCAAACCUUCAUCCUCCUCCAGCCUUGAGAGGGAGACGGGAGGAGAGCUGCCAAAUGGACAAGAUCCAGUCACACCUUCAGGAGAUGAUGAGGAGGAAAAAGUGGGCGAGACAGAGAAAGAGGGGGAAAAGAAGAGGAGGGGGCAUAAAGGGCGUAAGCGAAAAGUCCAUUCAAAGCAAGAACACUACUGUCUCCACGCAUGAACCUAAAGGCCACAAGAAGAAACAGACAAAGAAAAAAGUCAACCAAUCACAUCACAAGAGGCGUCGGACAAAAAGCAAACCGAGACGAAUACCUCGCCUUACACUAGCUUUAAUGUCCUCUGCAAAACCCUCCAACCACUUGUCUCCAAUCACAGCUCUGGCACAGAGGAUGAGCAUCAAUCCAGCGUUUAAAUCACAGCAGACAUUACUCAGCACGCCUUCCCCCGCUGGAAAGCAUCCUUCAACCGCUCUUCCUGCCAUACCCACUCCCCAAACCGCCUCCACGGGACUAAACACACAGCCUGAAAGAGCACAGGAAACAUCGAACGACGCUGCUAAACCAGCAAAAGAGGUGGUCAGAGCUGACAAUGUGGGGCUGCCACCAAUCUCCUCCACCUCUCUGCGCAGCAGGAGUGGCAGUUCUGGCUACAGGCCUCUGUCUGGGACCCUCAACUCCCAGCAAGGCAACAUGUCUACGUCUUCAUCCUCAAUCUCUCUGCCUGAUGUAUAAAAAAAAAAAAGUAUUCUCACUGAUGUACUAACGCCACAUCAAGUGCUUUUUAAUUAUUACAAUAUUUAAAUUAUUUUGUAGCCAUUUCUGCUUAGAUUUGUUUUUUAAAUAUAUGUGGCUCACUCAUAAACUAGAUCUUCUAGUAAUUUAUGUUGACUAAUACACAAAUAAAUUACUACUUGGGCCACAGUGAAGUUCAGUGAAGAGCAGGCUGCAGUAUUUGUCAGGCACAAAGUGUAACUACUGACCUGAUUGGUACCCAUCUAUCAGUCAAGGUGGCCACACAACUG